AUGGCCCACCAAGCACAUGCCUAUCAUAUAGUUGAUCCAAGCCCAUGACCACUAACCGGAGCUAUCGCUGCCCUUCUAAUAACAUCCGGCUUAGCAAUCUGAUUCCACUUCCACUCAACAACAUUAAUAACUCUAGGACUAAUUCUCCUACUUCUUACCAUAUAUCAAUGAUGACGUGACAUUAUCCGAGAAGGGACCUUCCAAGGCCACCACACACCGCCUGUACAAAAAGGGCUACGAUAUGGAAUAAUCCUAUUUAUCACCUCUGAAGUAUUCUUCUUCCUAGGAUUUUUCUGAGCCUUCUACCACUCAAGCCUAGCACCAACACCAGAAUUAGGAGGAUGCUGACCUCCCACAGGAAUUACACCACUAGAUCCCUUCGAAGUACCACUCCUUAAUACAGCCGUUCUACUAGCAUCAGGAGUCACAGUAACAUGAGCUCAUCACAGCAUCAUAGAAGGAGAACGAAAACAAGCUAUUCAAUCCUUAGCAUUAACCAUUUUACUAGGACUCUACUUCACCGCCCUCCAAGCCAUGGAAUACUAUGAAGCACCCUUCACAAUUGCAGAUGGGGUUUACGGUUCAACAUUCUUCGUAGCCACAGGAUUCCAUGGUCUCCAUGUUAUUAUUGGAUCAACCUUCCUAGCAGUAUGCCUUCUUCGCCAAAUCCAAUACCACUUUACAUCUGAACACCAUUUUGGCUUUGAAGCCGCUGCCUGAUACUGACAUUUUGUCGACGUAGUAUGACUGUUCCUCUACGUAUCCAUCUAUUGAUGAGGCUCAUAA